AUGCCAGCUCAACCGCUUAUUUUGUCGUCGAGACGAACGAUUUUGAUUUCCAUUUUGGCCCGUUACGAAGAGUUUCUUCAAAACUACCAGCCCGAUAGGGAUUCUAUCGAGGUGGAAACUCGUAUGGCCAAAUUUGACCAAAUAUGCAAGGAUUUGGAGAGCCUUCAACAGCAGCUGGAGGACAGUGCAACCACUGCUGAAGAGAUGACACACAAUGCCGCCCUUAGGGAGGAUUUUGAACGGCGCUUGAUUCGCGUUCAAUCGGCAUUGAAAGCGAAAUAUAGAGAAAUUCCGCGCAGCGAAGUGUCGCAGCAAGAAGCCGCCCCGAUUGAUCUCAUCCUUGGAGCCCGUCAUUACGCUUCCUUCUUUACGAACGUAAAAUCGCACGAGCUUGCUCCGAACCUUCCAACUAUGCUGAACAGCGUGUUUGGGUGGGUCAUGAUUGGUCCCACCUCUCCUCAGAAUCCUGCAUCUCCGACCGAUUGCACCGCCGCGUCCACAAUCGUCUGCAUGGCAUCCCUGGAGGAGUCUCUCGAACGCUUUUGGAAGCUGGAAGAGUUAAGCGUCAAUGAUUCGUACUCACCUGAUGAGCGACGAUGCGAAACAUUGUAUAAAGAAACCACUCAGCGCGACGAGUCGGGUCGCUAUAUUGUACGAUUGCCCAAACAGACCGACUUCACGGAAAAGCUUGGCCUGUCUAAAACUACCGCUUUGAGACGCUUCGAGCUGCUGGAGAGGAGGCUAGAACACAACCCACAGCUCAAGGAAGACUAUCAUGCCUUCAUGAAGGAGUAUUUGGAGCUGGGGCACAUGUCGCUCAUGAACAAAGAUAGUGGGGAUGAACGGGCGUACUACCUACCGCAUCAUCCCGUAUUUAAAGCCUCCAGUACCACCACGAAAGUAAGGGUCGUGUUCGACGGAUCUGCAAAAACAAGCACCGGUUAUUCCUUGAAUGACAUUCUAUGUGUUGGUCCAAUCGUGCAGGACGAGCUGCUUGAUAUUGUGUUGCGAUUCCGCACCUACCAAAUAGCACUUGUGGGAGAUAUAGCUAAAAUGUACCGACAAAUAUUGCUGCAUUCUGAUAAUCGUCGAUUGGUGCGCAUAUUCUUUCGAUUUUCGCUGCAAGCUCCGAUCCAAGUAUAUGAGCACAACACCGUUACAUACUAG